GUCAUUUCCUUUCAAGCUAAGCAAAUCAAUAGUACAAAAUUGGUACAAAAUCUGUCAAAAUUUACUUCGUUUCAGUUCAGCAGAAUAUUUUUAUGGGAUCACGGUCGAGUAAAAUUGCUCAAGCAACAAAAAUGGCCAGUUCAGCAGAUGUCACUCAAUUCAUUAAGAAUGCUAUUUCUCAGGACAAAGUUGUUGUAUUCUCAAAAUCUUAUUGUCCGUAUUGCACCUUGGCUAAAGAUGUGUUCAAAAAGGUGAAGCAGCCCUGCAAAGUGUAUGAGCUCAAUGAGAGAGACGAUGGUGAUGCCAUCCAAGAGAGUCUUCAGAAGAUCACUGGAUUUAGAACUGUGCCACAAGUAUUUAUCAAUGGAACUUGCGUUGGUGGAGGAAGUGACGUCAAGGCACUAUAUGAAUCAGGAAAACUAGAACCUAUGCUUGUGGGAUAAACUUUAUAACUUUGUUAAGCUUAAAUGUUAAAUUGUAACAAGUUACUAUUUUCUUAUGAUUCAGAAAAAUUAUAUGAUUUUCUUUUUGUUUAUAUACAUUCAAAGUACAAGUUUUCAAUGAAAUUGUUUGGAGUUUUGUUAAAUAUUAUAAGUAUUUAUUGUACUUAUGUCUUUAAGUCUCAAAUUUGAAGUUCGUCGCUAAAAGAAAUUUUGUACAUAAAUUUUAAUGCAAAUAAUAAAAAAUAUUUAUUAGCGUUA